AUGGCCCUCGCCGAUCCACCAUCCCCGCGCGCCUGGUGGAAAUCCGCUGUCGUAUAUCAGAUUUACCCUAUCUCGUUUUUCGACUCCAAUGGCGACGGUUUCGGCGAUCUCAAUGGCAUCCUCGCCAAGCUCGAGUACCUCAAAGAUCUCGGCGUCGAUGUCCUUUGGCUUUCCCCGAUAUACAAAUCUCCCCUUGCUGAUAUGGGGUAUGACAUAGCGGACUAUCAGGCCAUCGAUCCGAGGUACGGGACGCUGGAGGACUGGGAUCGCUUGAUCGCGGCAGUCCACGAGCGCGGAAUGAAGUUGAUGAUGGACCUCGUGGUCAAUCACACGUCUGACGAGCAUGAAUGGUUCGUCCAAUCCCGCUCCGACAAGGACGCCUCGCGAAACCCGAAGCGUGACUGGUACAUCUGGCGCCCGCCCAAGUACGACGAACAGGGGUCAGCUUGGGAUUAUGAUGAGAAGACUGGGGAAUACUACCUCCAUCUGUACGUCUCCAAGCAGCCUGAUUUGAACUGGGAAAAUCCUGCUGUACGGGAAGCCGUCUACGAAAUGAUGGAGUGGUGGAUUAAGAGGGGAUGCGACGGAUUUCGAAUGGAUGUGAUCAAUAUCAUCAGCAAGGUCGACGGCCUCCCCGACGCGCCCGUUACGGAUCCGAAAGAAGAGUAUCAAUCUGCUAGCAUAUUCUUUGCGAAUGGACCAAGGGUCCAUGAAUACAUACGUGAGAUGAACGGUCGUGUGCUGUCUCGGCAUGACCUUAUCACGGUCGGCGAGACUCCAUUCACGCAGAACGCGCAAGAUCUGCUGCCCUACGUGUUACCCUCUAGGCACGAACUGAACAUGGUUUUCCAGUUUGAAUUGAUGAGCAUCGACUCCUACGUGGACCCUUUUGGAACUGACGUUCCCCUGGUCCCCAAACAGUGGAAGCUGAAGGAUCUGAAGGAUGUCGUUACCAGAUGGCAGACUUUCGAGCGGGAGGCGGGUUUCUGGAAUGCGGUAUUCAUCGAGAACCACGAUCACUCACGAUCAGUCUCACGAUUUGGCAAUGACUCCCCGGAUUGGCGAACUCUGUCUGCUAAGCUGCUGGCAAUGCUCGAGAUUACUCAGAGCGGGACGCUCUAUAUUUACCAAGGCCAAGAAAUCGGGAUGAAGAACGCACCGCCGACAUGGGGGCUUGAAGAAUACAAGGACGUCGCUACUCAGAACUUCUGGAAUAGUGUCCUGGAAAAGCGCAAAAGAGAGACCAAAAAUGCAGAUGUAGACAUGUCGGACGUCAUGGAUGGUAUUAGACGCAAGGCUCGUGAUCAUGCUAGACUCCCCAUGCAGUGGGACAGCUCUGCCUACGCAGGAUUCUCCCCUGCCCCCCCUUGGAUGCGUGUAAACGACGACUAUCCAGAUUGGAACGCCGAGGUGCAGUUGGAGGAUACAAGCAGCGUUAGGAGCUUCUGGAAGCAGGCAUUGACUCUGCGAAAGAAGCACAAUGUCCUCGUUUAUGGCGACUUCACGCUCCGGCAUCCAGACAAUUCGCAAGUUUUCGCGUACACGCGAAGUCUAGGAUCAGCAACGGCCCUCGUCCUCCUGAAUUUCCACCAUAACCCGACAGAGUUCAAGUUGGACGACGUGCCACACCUCAUAGGUGGUCCGUUGGUUCUUGGGAACUAUCCAACUGCAGACCUUCCGACGGAGGCGACAGAGGCCGUACGGCUGCGAGGCUACGAAGGACGGUUGUACUUCUCAUCUUCUGUACACGUAUAG